AUGAAACUAAUCUCGUUCUCGAGCAUAUUAUUCUUUUUGCUGAGCAUUACACGCGUAUCAGCAUUUUUCCAACACCAACAACAACAGCAACAGCAGCAGCAACAACGAAACAUACCUUUUGAAGAAAAAGUAUUAGACAAUGCAUGCGAUAAAUAUUUAUGUCCUGACACACUAGAGUGUGUAAGGUCGGUACAAGAUUGUCCUUGCCCUUUUCCUAAAUCACAAUUAAAAUGUAAACUCUCAAGCGAUCGCUAUGUUUGUAUCUCAAAGCCAGCUACGCAUGAUCAAAAAUUAAACGAAAUAUAUGAUGACCCAGUUAAGGGACCUAAAGCAUCUGUAAAAGGAAUGAGAGAUUGUGGAUGGGUGUCUGAUGCAUAUAACAUUUAA